AUGAAAGGUUUUCAAUCCACCCCACAUGUGUCGUGCGCGGAAGGAAUCCACUUUGAAGGUGACCCUACGGAGAAUCGCUCGAAAUUCAAAAUGAUGGUGACUUUGUCUGGAAUUGUAUUCAAGGGAACUCCUAUAAAUUUUCAAGACUGUGGUCGAAUUCAUCUCAUAAACUGUUCUCAUCGAGAAUCUAAAACCGCUGUUAGUGUUCGUGCACUAAACGCCUCUAGCGUCACUUUCGAUAUCCAGGGUCCUUCUCUAUUUACAAACAAUUAUAAUUGUGUGGAAAUCUUAUUGCACAAUUCCAGCGUUCUCUAUGCGAGUAUCAGCCAAACAAAAUUUAUAGCAAACGGCAUUGAUGGACAACAAUUAGCGACGGGUAUAAUUUCCAUGACGAAAGUUGCAGGGAAAAGCGCAAGUCUGUCAGCAGCUGUUAAACUUUCAUGCUUCAAAAUCAGCUGUGUUGGUAACUGGGUUCCAUUUGUUGUUUUGGACCUUGGAGCAGCAGUGACCAAGGAGACAUACAGCCACAUUGAACUGGUGGACAACAACUUGAAAACGCCCUUUAGUAAGAAGAGCAGACGCUUUAAAGAUAGCAUGUAUAUAUCUCGAACAAGGAAAGUCGACGUAACGUUCACACACGUACACUGUGCUAACAACAAGAACGACCAAGCUCUAAGAUGUAUAAAGAUUUAUUCAGACGAGGCAAAAGUUUCCAUAGAUAAUUCCGCUUUUGUCGGGCAAAAUGCGAGCAAAGGCAAUGGUGGUGCUAUCUCCCUUGAAUCAAAAAAGCAUGCAUCUUUAGUUGUGACUAAUACCGUGUUUAAAAGAAACAAAGCUAACGCCGGUGGAGCUGUUUACCUCAACGUUGAUCGCCGUGCGACAUUGGGAAACAUAAGGCUGAGUUUUACCAAUGUUAACUUCACUGAUUGCGUUGCUACCACGGACGGUUCUGCUAUUCUGAUCGGGAAAACGCACAAGCCGCAGUCAAAACCAUUGACAUACGCUUUCUAUGCCUCACUUAAAAAAGUCAAUGUGGAAAACUGUGUCAGUCAUAAACUGAAGUAUCGAUUUGGAAGCUUUUGCCUCACGCUCCAUAGCGGACUGAUCAUUUUGGACGAGUUCAAUUGGACCAACACACGACAAAAUGCGGAGAGUGCUGUUUACAUCGGAACAACGGGAGGCAACACGAAUGUAACGAUCGUUCGAUCUUCAUUUGUUGGUGGAAAAUCCAAUCAGAGUGCUUUUGUUGGGGUCCAGAUAUUUGGAAAACAGAGAGGAAUCGUCACGGUCAAAGAUACUACCAUGACUAACAAUACGGAAGGCGCUCUAGAUAUCACGCCUAAAUGCAAAAUCAGACUUGAAAACGUCACAGUAGCCUCGUGUAAGUACGGACUGCAGUUGUCCAAAAGAUGGCUGAGUCAGGAAACAGAUCCAUUCCGUGUCAACAUUUCCAUCGCCAGUUGCAGAUUCAAGCAUAAUGUCUACGACUUAUCAUUAAAUAUUAGCAAUCCGCGAUCAGUUUUUUUAAAAGUUAUUGACUCGAUCAUGACAGGUCGGCCAAAUCACGGUGAUAAAAAAGGCUACGCAAUUGGCCUCUUUGUUCCACCUUUGAAGAACACGAAUUCCUCCAGCGUUGCUGCCAUUGAACUAGACAGAGUAACUUUUCACACUCGGCCGUCCAGUAUCUUUGUGCUAUAUUUUAAGGGAAAUAAAACGCUAACAAUACGUCAAACAGUAUUUCGAUACUGCACUGCUCUUAGUAGACAGCACUUGAACUUUGGCAAAAACACUUACAUCUACGAGACAUCAACAGGAGCUGUCUCGAUCCUCUCCAUUCCUGAUAAACCCUGGAAACUAGGAUGCGUGCAACAAGACGAUAUUAACAACACCCACCCUCUGUGGCGAUACGAAAGCCAAGUGUCCAUCGAAGAUACAUUAUUCCAAGAGAAUGCUGGGUUUUUCGCAGGCGCUGUGUAUAUCAGUAACGGAAACACAACAUUUAGAAACUGUUCUUUUCAAAAUAAUUUUUCGAUUCGGAAAAGAGGGCAGGUGUAUUCUGCCUAUGGAACAGGCAGAGUAGAAUUCAAACAUUGUUCUUUCUCAAGCAGACAGAACAAUAAAGUUAUCGACAACAACAACUUAAAAAAUGCUGCGUUCUUCUAUUCCGAAAGUGAAGGGCCUAUUGUCUUUCGAAACACGACAAUGAUCUCGACUAUUCCAGAAAGGAAGUCGCACUAUGUUCUUGAAAUCUUUAGCGGAGGUUAUGUGGACAUCGAUUACAAUACAACAAUACAGUGCAGCAAGGGGAGUAUGCUGACAUUUGAAAAUGCGUCACACUUUGCUUACACAGAGAAGAGGAAACGAUUCUGCAGAGUCAACGUUACAGUUAUUAGGUAUGCCUGCAAACUGUGUUCCUCCGGUUACUACAGUCUUGAAACCGGGAAGGCAAACGGUUUUUCUGUGAAUACCUCGUUUGAGUGCCACCCUUGUCCGUUAGGCGCAACUUGCAUGAGAAAUGAUAUCAACAUCGCAGCCAAAGCAAACUUCUGGGGAUACGAAAUGAGAAACUCACAUCCUUCACCAUCGUUGAAGUUUAUUCCAUGUCCUAACAACUACUGUCAAUCCCCUAGCAGGAAAUCCGCUGACUAUAACAGUUGCCGUGGAAACAGGACUGGAUAUCUCUGUGGCAAAUGCGCUUCGGGAUAUACAGAGUCGCUAUUUACCACGAGCUGUCGUAAAAUGAGUCAAUGCAGUGACUAUUUCCUAUGGUUGGUGGUCAUUCUGUUCUCGGCUGGAAUGGCACUAUAUCUACUGACUAAGCCACCAUUCUUGCAAUUCUUAAGUUUGCGGCAGAUCUUCUGGUUUAUGAAAAACAGAGAGCACAAUGAGGCCAGGGAGCAAAGAGGUCAAGUGAAUGAUGAAGAGACAGAUAGUGGAUACUUAAAAAUCGUAUUCUAUUAUUACCAAGUUGCUGACUUGUUCGUGAAUGACUCACUCGCGGAAAAGCUACACGAACUCCCAUUCGUGAACAUUGUCUCAUCUGCAUACAACUUUCAAGUUGACUCUAUUUACAAAGGUAUUGGCUGUCCUUUUGUCGGAUUGACUGCAGUGACAAAACAGCUCUUUCUUUCUUUGGCUGUUUUUACUACAAUGGGGAAUGUUGUCCUCAUCUACUGCGUCCAUUUUGUUGUUAACAUGGUGCGAAAAAAGAGUAUUCCAUCAGUGCAUCAUUACAUGGCUGCUAUCUUGGAGAUUUUGUUGCUAGGCUACGACAGGCUCGCCGAAACCUCCCUGAACUUGAUGCAUUGUGUUCCCAUAGGAUCUGAGCACCGGUUAUUCAUCGAUGGAAACACUGUUUGUUGGCGAUCAUGGCAAUAUGUUCUUCUUGGCUAUAGCGUGAUCUUUGUGGUGCCCUUUAUCGCAGUUCUCUACUAUGGCUCUAAAAAGCUUCAUAAGUCGUCCAUUUCUGCAAGAACCUUUCUGGCGGCUUGUGUAGUACCUUUGCCAUUCCUUGCUUACUGGUUAUACAUGCACUUUUGCAAGAAGAGAAGAGAGGAUUCUGCAAUGAGGCCAAACGAUGACGAUGGAGCAGGGGAAAUCAUUAAAGUUUUGCAAGGGCCAUUUCGUCCUCCUAAUGAAGAAGAUCAAGGGACGCUGCACUGGGAGAGUGUUUUAAUUGGUCGACGUCUAAUCCUUCUUUCAAUUCACUCUUUCAUCCCAAACGCCAUGUUGCGUGUUCUCUUCUUGGCUGUAGCCUGCGAGCUCAUGGCGAUCCAUCAUUUUGUCAGAAAACCUUUCCAACAUACCUCAGCCAACAGAGUGGAAUCGGUGUCCUUGGUUGUGCUGUCCAUCAUGGCAAUCAUAAACCUCACACAGGCCACUCUUUUGUCCUCUGGGACCGCUGCUGUGGGAGAAAACAGGCUUUACAUCGAGUGCAUGCAAUGGUUCCAAAUUGGCGUCUUGGGUUUUGUCCCGGCCUUGUUGGCUCUGCUUGCUAUCUUUGCAGCACUGUCGCUGCUAGUGCGUCUGGCCGUUAAACUCGUCAAAAAAGUCAUUCGGUUCUUUAGCUCUAAUAAUGUUCUUGUAACAGACCCUCUUCUGGACUACCAGAGACAAAACAUUCAAGAUGAUUUUAGCUUCGAUGAAAGAGACGAUUAUUGACACAAUUUAUCAAGUAAUGAGUUCUUCAUGCAACUGUUUGCACUCGGCAACUCGAGAAAAAAUUGUUACUCAUCUAAAGAAACUUCAGCUUUUUCAGAAUUAUUUGUUAUUGUUGCUGUCGAUGAAGUCAAAUUGUAGAAUGUGAAUAUUUUAUGACAACUAUUUCUAUAAUUUGGGGCUUCUAGUCGAGUUCAAGUACCCCAACGAGGAGGAUGGCCAAUGGAAACCAUGUUAUCGAAAAACUGACUACGAAGCUGUAAAAGUAAGAUUACCUAAGUAACCUUAGUUCAAAAUGCUCUUAGGAAAAUUUCCUUGCGUUGAACACUUCUUGUAAGUUUUUUAUGUGUUUAAGUUGGACGUAUUUGAUAGGCAAAUUCAUCUUUAGAUGCCCGCGAAAGUAAAACUUUACAGUGCUUUUGCAAGUUUUCAAACCCGUGAGAUGAAACUUGUCAGUAGAGGUAAAAUUAGGGAACAAUAAAUGAUGAUUAAACUUUGAAAAGUUUAAGCAACUUGUUCCCCGCCUUUUUAAAUUUUUAUUUUUUCUGAUGUGUAUCUUAAAUAAAGCCGAAAAUAAUAGUAAAUGCAUUUAAAUGAAUACACGAACAGCUAAAUGGCCCUAUAAAAUAGAGAUGUAAGCGGGGAACGCGGGAAUGCUGAGGAAAAUGAAUUUAUAUUUUCAGUUAGUCAUCACUUUUUAGCAUUUGUUCCAAAGAGUCAUGCGCGAACGUUAAAAAAAACAACAACAAAUAAAUGCUCUCACGGGGCCAUGAUGAAAAUCUAGGUUUGUGGUAGGAAAUUAAUAGCGAAAAAACGGAGAAAUUGAUUAGAAUUCUCUAGUGCGGAAACAAAACAACGGAGCCUGGGAAUUAAAUUAUGCGAAGAUGCGUAUCCUACUUUGACCAUAAGUUAUAAAAAACAUCAUAACUUUAACCAUAACCGCUGCUCACUAGUCACUAAAUUGGUGCCGCAAACAUGUUCUACCUCCAAAAUUUUAAUAGUUUCCAUAUAAUAUAAUACGGUCGCGGCAUAGAAAAAAAAACAUCAUCCAGGGGUCACUUUUUCUUGUCCCAUGGGUGUCCCUUGAAUGAAGUCCCACAUUAUUUCAUUUUCUAACGGAAUUGAAAUAUUUUGACACUGAAAAUUUCCUUGUUAGUACUGCUUAAGCAGGGCUGUGGAAAAUAAGUGACUGUUGCAGUUCAGAUAUAGUUGAUUUCUCGAUGGCAAGCCUUUGGCUGUUAUCGUAUCGUCUUCCCCUGGUCAUGAUCUUCCUUUGUGCAGGUAAGUUUUUAUGUGCAUGCCCUCAUGUAUUAAAAAUGACUUACGAUAGAAAUGUUAUGAUGGUAAACGUCUGCGGUGUGGAAGAGCGGUGUGGUUGCAAAAUUCCAUUUCAAAUUUCGGUACAAUAUUUUGUGAUUUGUUGUAAGGGUUUUUUUUUUUUCAUCUGAGCGGAUCUUCCACGAAUCCGUUGAUCGAACAUUAUGGAAUUAAUAAAUUAACCACAAGUAACUUGACUUAACUCAACUUGUUUUAAUUCACCUUCCUUGGAUUUCUAAAGUUCACACAUUUUAAGGAAACCAUCAGGUUAAUUGUCUAAAUGAGGCCAUUUCAACAUAAAACGGGACCAUUUUCUAACAGUGAUCUCGAAACCUUUCCGUAGACAUCCUCAGAGUUUAAUUAUUAUGCGGAUUUAGAAGAAGUUCACUCUAUGAUAAACACAAAAAAAAAUGCCUUGAGUUUUAAUUUUGAUGGUUGGUUUACGCUCACUGAAGUUUUGAACCUGUAUAGGAAACGGAAAUUUCAUCACACAGAUCUUAAGUAUUACUGAAAAAAAUUAAACCUAUUCCUUCAGUCUUACAGACUAGCCGUAAAUGGACGGUUGCGGUCAAAUCUAGGGAGCUUAGAGAUUUUAUUUUUCGCGGAACAAAGAAAAAAUACAAAUUGAAGUUAGAGAACCGUGUACACGUAGCGAAGCAGUAAAUUCAAACUGUAAAUGGAAACCAGUGAUCGUAUCUCGUACCCAGUCUUCUCGAGAGGCCCCCGUUUUCGCUGUGGCAAUCCGAGUAAUUUUAUAGAAAUUGAGCCGUUGCGACGGUUUCUGUUUGUGUCCUCGAAUAAGCCGCAAAGAAUUCAGCGCGAAUCAGCGAACGAACCUAACACAUUGUAUUCACUCCAACUGUUUUCCUCGCAAUAGAAACUGAAAAUUGAAAAGGAAAUUAUUUACUCAGCAGCCUACGCUAGUGCUAUUUCGAACUUCUGCUUAUUUCAGGGACUUCGGACUUGAAAUUCUAAAAAUAUAUAUGUUUUUCAACUCAACUCAAAUUUCACUUCGACUGCUUUUCUCGCGAUAGAAACUGAAAAUCGGAAAGGAAAUUUACUCAGCACUAGAACUCCUUACAGGGAUUGAUAUGAAAUCGACCAUUUAAAAGUCUAUUUCCGUGCUUACUCUCUAGGCGAUGACUUUUUAUAAAUAUAUCUUACCCACCUGUGUUUGCAGAUUGUUUUGUGUCACACCGACAAAUUGUCCACGUUUCAUUAUUUGGAAAUGACACGGAGGCAUGCGGGGCCAUGGAAGCACCAUGCCGAACAAUAGCAGUGGCAGCAUUGCGAGUUGCGUCAGGUGGAACCAUUGUCCUUAAUGGGAACGGGACAGACCAGCAACCGUUCGGCUGUAAGAAACUACUUACGUUGCAUUAUCGUGGCAUUCCGCAAAUUACAAGGAACGUAACGAUAACUAGUUUAGACUUUACUCGAGCCCAUAUACAAUGCCUGACAGGGUUUUGUUUUAAUCGGUCAGACCAAGAUCUACGAGUCACUUUAACUGGAAUAACAUUCUUUGAAACACCCCUGAGAUUUAUAGACUGUUUUGAAAUCACGCUUAUCAACUGCACCCAUCAGAACGCCACUGAAGCUGUCAUUAUUAACACUACAGCUAGCUCAAUAGCAAAUGUCACCAUUCGAGGUUCUCUCUUUCAAAACAACUCUCUUUGCGCGAAAAUACAAUUUUUUGGAGGCUCUGAGACAAACUUGAAAUUCUCUUUAGAUAUCGAGGACACUAAAUUCCUGAACAAUGGGAUUUUAGAUUACUUCAAAGCCUUUUACAGGGGUGCUCUUGUAUUAAAAAGUAAUAUUUCUCGCAAGAUUGAUCUGUCUAUCACUGUUGCAAAGGUAAAGGUCACUGACAGCGGCGGCCAUUUUCUAGCGAUCGACCUCCCCACAGCUAGUACGUCAGAGAAGUACGAUGACGUCGUCCUCGAGCGGAACAGCUUCGCUUUCUCUCAGAGGAAGUCUCGUAGCCUUUACUAUUCAAUAGUGCAGAAAGCCAAAGUAACAUUUCAUCGUUUACAGUGUAAGGAUAAUGAUCAGGUUACGUGUUUAACAAUCUUUGGAAGGAUAAAUGGAACAGUUUUAGUCAGAGUUCACGAAUCCAGUUUUCACAAUAACAGUGCAUACCAAUCAGGGAAUAAAGUAUUGUAUGCGGCAAUCUUUAGAGUUGCGGGAAGCGAAAGUCAUUUUGGAACUGUUACAAUUUCUAAUACAUCUUUUGUCAAAAACAAUCGAACGGCUCUAAGCUUAACUCCUAAUUUUUAUUUAGCUUUAGUCAACGUAACCGUGUCUUCUUCGCUGAAUGGUUUGAGAAUCUUCCCCUGGGACCCGCAAAAUAAAAACAAUUUUCAUCUAAAUGUUACUAUUGAAGGCUGCAAAUUCCAGAAUAACACUUACGACAUAUCUGGAGUAUUUAACAACACCAUUAAUAUCGACUUUCGGGUGAGAAACACACUGUUUGACGGUAAAGAAGUACAGAGGUACGAGAACACCUCUUUUGGUAUCCGUCUUAUUAUACCUCGUUUGGAGAGGGCAAAUAUUUCUCAAGCAGCAAUUGAAAUAGAAGAUGUGACCUUCAAAAGCAGGCCUAGCAAUUCGUUUGCGUUCUUCUCCAAGGGUAACCACACGAUCAAGAUUCGCCGUUGCUUGUUUCGAGAAGGGUUUGGUCUUGAAAUAGACGAAUGGACGAGAACAUAUUACAAACACAUGCCCACUUAUAUGAACAGCCAAGGGGCACUCAUGUUCCUUUUCGAUACGGAUGAAAUAGAGAACAGAGGAUGUGUCGAUAUUGGUGUGACAAACGAUACCCAUCGCACGUGGAAAUACUCCAGUCACGUCUUGCUCGAGGAUACCUUGUUUCAAAAUAACCUUGGACACAUGGCAGGGGCUGUUCAGAUCAUCAAUGGCUAUGUUAAAUUUCGAAAAUGCAAGUUCAUUAACAACUUUUCCUCGGGAAAGACAGGACAGAUUUAUAUUGGAUUGGGAAGCGCCAAAGUUGAGUUUAACAGCUGCGUGUUUAAACGGACGAAACAGAAAGAGGAGUUCCGAGGGAUUACGUUUACUUUCAGCAGAUUUUUGUAUUCAGAGAGUGGAGGUCCGUUAAAAAUACUCAACACCUCUUUUCACUCCGGUAUGGGCAACAGAUCUCUGGACGGGCAUGUUCUAUAUAUAUCAUCUGGAGGCUACUUCGAGAUGGACUCCAGCUCAACAAUCCAAUGUGAAGUUGGCAGCGAACUCGUCUUCUACAAUUUCUCUCAUUUUAUUUACUACGGAGGAGAUGAUAGACAGUUUUGUCCAAUCAAUUUAACAACUGAGUUAUUUGACUGCAGAAUGUGUCCCUAUAAAAUGUACAGUCUUCAACGUGGUUUCUCUAAAGGACUAGAAGUCAGCAAAGGCUUCAGAUGUCAAAGCUGUCCAUUUGGUGCCCACUGCCAUGGACCCAACAACAUUCUGGCAAAGCCCAACUUCUGGGGUUACAAAAUCACCAACGCUAGUAACAUUUCGUCAUUGAAGUUCGUACCUUGUCCAUGGGAGUAUUGUCGUCCUCAAAGCAAACAUUUAUAUCACGGUAAUGAUUACAACAGUUGCCGUGACUUUAGGUCCGGUAUCCUGUGUGGAAGAUGUGCCACAGGAUACUCAGAAACGCUUUUCUCGUCAGAAUGUCGACAAUCCCACAAAUGCAGAUGGAAUUAUCUUUGGAUUCUCAUGGGACUUUACACCGUAUUGUUUACCAUUUAUCUAUUGAAGAAGCCUCCGCUCGUUCUGUAUUUGAAACGUCAAAUUUUGUGGUUUAAAACAGAUCGACAGACCCCUUACGAGAUGGAGGAACGUUCAUCUCUGCACGGAGCUGAAGAACCGGAGUAUGGUUAUAUAAGGAUCUUCUUUUAUUUUUACCAAGUUGCAGAGUUACUUCUCACUGAAUCAUUGGAGAACACAUUGGCCAAUGUUCCCUAUAUUUCCACCUUAGUUGCUGCGUUUAACUUUCAAGUCCACGUUUUGGACAAAAACCUCGGCUGCCCAUUUGCCGGCCUCACAGCAGUGACCAAAGAGCUGUUCUUAUCUUCCCUCGUUUUUGCUGCUAUUGCGCAAGUUUUCAUCGUUUACUGUCUUCACAGGUCGCUGAAUCUGGUAAUGGGAAAGGGAAGACCAUCAUUCACUCAUUACAUCGCGGUUGCUGUAGAGAUUUUGUUGCUGGGCUACGAGCGCCUAGCAGAAACAUCUCUUAAACUCAUGCAGUGUGUUCCCAUCGGCUCCGAAUGGCGCCUUAACAUCGAUGGCAACAUCGUUUGCUGGCAAUGGUGGCAGCAUGGUCUCUUGGCAUAUAUUGUUAUAUUUGUGGUCCCGUUUGUCGGCGUUCUGUAUUGGGGUUCUGGUCUGCUCUACGCCAAAGCCAUUGCAUGGAAAGAGUUUGUUGGUGCUUGCAUUGUUCCCCUUCCGUUUCUCGUUCGAUGGCUCCUCAAAAGUGUAUGCAAUAGACAGUACCGCAGACAAACUCAAGUACGCCAUGAAUGCACCAAUGAAAUAUCAAAGAUAUUGCACGGUCCCUACCGCCCGCCACGUGAAAAUGAUAACGGCACUCUCUACUGGGAAAGUGUUUUGAUAGGCAGCCGGCUCGUUCUUCUGACAUUCCGCGCCUUCAUUCCAAAUUCCAUGAUCUGCUUCGUCUGCUUGUCCGUGGCCUGUAAUCUGAUGUUAGUCCAUCAUCUCGUCAUGAAACCCUUCCGUCACCCAACUGCAGACAAACUCGGAGCGUUGUCUUUGAUCACGUUGGUCUGUGUAGCUGUAAUCAACCUUACAGCGGCCACUCUUUCCUCUUCUGCCACCGAGCCUGAGGGACCCGACAAGCAUGUUAUGGUGGUACUUCGGUGGAUCCUGAUCACUUUACUUUGCUUAUUUCCUGCGAUAGUUGCUGUCCUUUUCCUUUUCGCACUUCUGUCACAACUGGCCCGUCUUGUGCUGUUCCUCAAAAGGAAGAUAUGCGCAUUUUUUUGCCUGAGAAAAUCUAAUUACGAGUUUCUAGACGAGAGAACCGCUUUGCUGACUGACUGA